AUAUAUCGAAGAUCCUUUCUAUUUUGUGGAUUGUCCUUGUAUUCCUUUAAAUUCUGUUUACUGGUAUCAUUUGGUAUCAGAGCAAGUUCCUGGCAUCAUGGAAACUCACUUACAAGAACAAAAGAAAUUGAUUGAUGAUGUUGUUAAAACAGCUAUGGCUGAGAUGGGCGGACAUUAUGAACAACUACUUAAGGCCAUGGAGGAAAAGUAUGAAAACCAAGUGUCAGAUUUGAGAACUCGAAUGUCAGGUAUGGGGCCACUUACUUCCAAAAUUGCCAAGAUAGAGUUUCCCAAAUUCAAUGGUGAAGAAUUGAAAGAUUGGUUGUAUAAAUGCAAUCAAUAUUUUAGAAUUGAUGGUACUCCUGAUGAACAUAAAGCUCAUUUGGCUUCAAUAAAUCUUGAGGGAAAGGCUAUGAAGUGGCAUCAAUCUUUUUUAGAGAUUAAGGGAGAGCAAGUGCUUUCAAAUUGGGAGGAAUAUGUUGAGGGCCUUAAGGCUAGAUUUGGUGAGAAGGCUUAUGAGGAUCCCAUGUCUGAUUUGAUUUCACUUAAGCAAACUGGGACAGUGGAAGAAUUCCAGGAGCAAUUUGAUACUCUUUUCCCUCGAACUGGAAUAAAUGAAAAACAAGCAGUGAGUUUUUUCCUUAGUGGAUUGAGAAGAGAGAUAGAAAUUUCAGUGAGGAUGUUUAAGCCACAGACUCUUUAUGAUGCUUAUGCUUUAGCCCGGCUACAAGAGUCUUCUAUUCAGGAGGCACAAAAGUUAGCUUUAACAUGUAAACUUCAACCCAGACCAACUGCACCCUUAUUACCUACACCAAACACUCUUCCUCAGACACCUAAUGCUACUACAAAAACAUUCACUUCUACCAACUCUACCAAAUUACCUUACCCAAACACUAGACCAUCAAACACCUCUCCUAAACAUAUUAAGCCCCUUACCAGACAAAAGAUGGAGGAGCGAAGGCGAAAAGGAUUAUGCUAUUGGUGUGAUGAAAAAUUCACCAAUGGUCACAAAUGCAAAAAUAUGCAGUUGUUUUCCAUUGAAGUUGUUGAGGGUGAUGAAGGAGAAGAAGGGGAAGUCUUUGAGGAAGCCAUAGAAGAACUUCCAGAUGACUCCAAUCCACACAUGUCUAUUCAUGCAUUAUCUGGAGGUAGCAGUGGAGCUUACCGUACAAUGAGGGUAACUGGAUAUGUGAAUAAGAAACCUAUUCACAUACUCAUUGAUUCUGGGAGUACUCAUAAUUUUUUAGAUGUUAAUGUGGCAAAAAGGGUUGGCUGUAAGUUACAAGCUGUUGAGGCUUUGAAAGUUGAUGUAGCUGAUGGAAGUUCACUGGAAUGUGUCCAUAUGUGCCAAGAUUUUACUUGGUGGUUACAAGGUAAACCAUUUCAUACGGAUACAUUAAUUUUACCUCUUGGUAGUUGUGAUAUGGUGUUGGGAAUUCAAUGGCUAGAGACCUUGGGUGACAUUUUGUGGAAUUUUAAGACUUUACGCAUGGAGUUUGCUGUCAAUGGACAAAAGUAUGUACUCAGGGGAUCCUCUCAGGUGUCUUUAAAGAUGGUUGGCAGUAAAGGAAUGGUGAGAUUGCUUAAAAAAGAAGGACAGGCCAGCUCAAUUCAUUUAUGUAGUCUGAUUGUUGAUGCUGUCGAAGGACGUGGCACUUGGCAAACUGAAGAAAAUAAAGCUGAAAACACUUCCAAGAAGGUUUCAACUUGUUCUGAAUUGGAGAAAUUAUUAUUAGAGUAUGCUAAUCUCUUUGCAGAACCUAAAGGCCUUCCUCCCCACAGGGCUCAUGAUCAUAAAAUUUGUUUAAAGGCAGGAACUGAUCCUAUUAAUCAAAGGCCAUACAGAUAUGCAGGAGUACAGAAGGAUGUCAUUGAAAAGAUGACUCAAGAAUUGUUACAAACGGAUUACAGAACUCUAAAUAAGCAGACUGUGAAGGAUAAAUAUCCCAUACCCCUCAUUGAAGAGCUGUUAGAUGAGUUGCAAGGAUCAAAAAUUUUUUCUAAGAUUGAUCUUAGAUCGGGAUACCAUCAAAUUAGAAUGUAUCCACCAGAUGUUCCAAAAACAGCUUUCAAAACUCAUGAAGGGAAUUAUGAAUAUUUAGUCAUGCCAUUUGGUCUCACCAAUGCACCUUCUACUUUUCAAUAUCUUAUGAAUGAUAUUUUCAGAGUUUACCUUCGAAAAUUUGUCUUGGUAUUCUUUGAUGAUAUCCUUGUUUACAGUAAGAGCUUGGAAGAGCAUAUCUACCAUUUGAGACAGGUAUUUAAGCUGUUGAGAGAUAAUGAGCUAUUUGCAAAGCAAAGCAAAUGUUUCUUUGGUUGUGACAAGAUAGAAUAUCUUGGGCACUAUAUCUCUGAAGAAGGAGUUUCUACUGAUCCUAAGAAGAUUUUAGCUGUUCAGCAAUGGCCUCAACUGAAGACUGUUAAGGAAUUGAGGGGAUUUCUCGGUUUGACAGGAUAUUAUCGAAGGUUUAUUCGGAAUUAUGGGAGUUUGAGUAAACCUUUGACAAAAUUGCUAAAAAAAGAGGGGUUUCAUUGGUCAAGGGAGGCUAGUGAAGCUUUUGAAUCCCUUAAGCAUGCUGUGACAACAACUCCAGUGUUGGUUUUGCCAGAUUUUUCCAAGGAGUUUGUAGUGGAGACCGAUGCUUCUAAUGCUAGAAUUGGUGCUGUUCUUUUACAACAAGGGCAUCCAAUAGCCUUUAUCAGCAAGGCUUUGUCCUUAAGACAUCAAAGUUUAUCAGUUUAUGAAAAGGAGUUGUUAGCUCUAAUUUAUGCAGUGCGUAAGUGGUCACGUUAUUUGACUGGAAGGCAUUUUAUCGUCAAAAUAGAUCACCAGAGUUUGAAGUAUCUUUUAGAGCAGAGGAUUAGCACUCCUUUACAGCAAGCUUGGUUAGCUAAAUUAAUGGGCUAUGAUUUUUCAAUUAGUUAUAAAAAGGGAAAAGAAAAUGUGGUAGCAGAUGCCCUUUCUCGAGUGUCCAGUAACCAGCUCAUGCAAAUGGUAGUCUCUAGGAUUCUUCCUGGUAUUUAUGAAGAGGCGAGACUUAGCUGGGAAGUUGAUCCAGUGCUUCGGGAAAUCUGUAAUAAAUUACAACAAGGUUCUUUAAAGGAUUCUGCUUACACUUGGUCUGAAGGACAACUAAGACGAAAAGGCAGAUUAGUUGUGGGAAAUAAUGCUACUCUUAGGAGGAAGUUGAUUCAUUUGGUGCAUGAUAGUGCAAUGGGAGGUCACUCUAGAAUUCAAGCUUCCACAAAAAGGUUUGCGCUUUUGUUUUAUUGGAAAGGCUUAGAGAAAGAUGUGAGGCAGUACAUAAGGCAGUGUGAUGUAUGUCAGCGUUACAAGACGGAAAAUACUCCAACUCCAGGGCUAUUGCAACCUCUGCCAGUUCCUCAGCCGCCCAUUUUCCAACCGUUUAAACCCCAUUUUUCCCCUCUGUUUCUUCUCCAUCUUCAACCUCUGUUUUUCUCAAUCCAAGUUCCCUCUCAAAACACCUUCUUGAUUUAAUGAUUAUUUUUUUUUAUUAAACAUAACAAAUUCUG